AUGUAUCGCUUUUGCGUUUUUGAUACCUUUUCCGCCGAUCAUCUUCACCAUGAUGCGAUAUGGCUUAGGACGAGAUAUCUGGACAUUGCAGCCCUCCUGUUCGUUCUCCAACUCUUUUACAUCUCUGGACUGGCAGUCAUAAAGGCAUCGGUAAUAUACUUGUACAUACGAGUCUUCAACAUUCAAGGCUUCAGGACCCUUCUCUGGUGCACGCAGAUUUUCAACUUUCUUCUCGGGGGAGGCUACAUCUUGCUCAGCCUCGUUCAGUGCCAGCCAUUCCAGCACUAUUGGAACGGGUGGGAUGGCGAGCAAGAUGGCCACUGCGCAGAUCUUAACACAAUCGGCUUGACGCACGUAGCGUUUAACAUUGCGCUCGACGUGUGGAUGCUAAUUUUACCGGCCACGCAACUAUAUAAGCUUAACAUGGAGCUCAAGAAGAAAAUCGGUGUGAUGGCGAUGUUCAGUGUAGGCGUUUUCCUCACUUCAGUCAGCAUUGUACGGAUCAAAAGUCUUCUGGUGUUUGCUACGAGCUUCAACAUCACUGCCGAUUGCCUUUGGGGUAUUAUUUGGUCCUAUGUAGAGCUCUGCGUGGGGAUCUUCGUUGCCUGCAUGCCUGCCGCCCGACAGCUUGCGUGGAGGUUCUUCCCCAAACUUGUCAAUUACACCCGGGAAUCACUUACGGGGUCAAGUAAAUCGAAGCGUGAGGUGCAGAACGAGGAACUCACACCUAUCGCCAAGGGCAGACAGUCUUCAAAGUCAGGUACUUUAUCGUCAAACAUAACGCAAUCGAACGCAGGGUCUGUCAUGGACCCCAAUACACCUCGGAGCGCAAUGUUUGGUUAUCAACAGUCAGAUGAAGUCAUUAUGGUUCAUGAAAGAAAGGAAUGA